GGUACGUGUAUUACAACGGCAAGUGCCAGCGCCCACAAAAGACCCUUUGGACCUGUCAGCUGCUCUGUUUCACCAAGCAGAUAUAAUAACUUACCAGCAAAGCAGAGUAAGCCAAGUGCCUCUGCAUGACACCACCAGCUGAUAACACACAAGAAAAAAUAACCAAUUUAGACUAGAGCCCUGUCUUUUCUCGAGAAGCUGGGAUUUGAAGGAGCUAUUCUGAAUCUGUGCUGCUAGUGAGUGACUGAUCACAUUGUAGACGGAUCGGCCCCUGAGUUCAGAGACUGAGUUGCAAUUGAGUGAAAAAUAGACAACGACAUCUUGAAGAAUUGCACGGAGGUGCAAGCCAAAUUUAACUCCGGUCGCCAAGUAUCGUUGGUUGGACUGAGAAAUUGCUCUACCAGACCUGUACUAGGACUGGUUAUUUGGGUAUCUUUGUCAUUGUUGCCAUUUACUGUUACGUUGGUUUCUGUGUUACCGCUCUAGGCCCAGAUGUUCUCAGAUAAUUCACAUUGCCCGGACUGUGGACAACAGUGGUUCCCUAGUUUAGAACUAGGCCACUGGUUGUACCAAACUGAGCUUGUUGAAAAUGAAUGUUACCAGGUGUUCUUAGACCGCAUUAACAGAGCUGAUUAUUGCCCUGAAUGUUACCCUGAUAAUCCUGCUAACAGAAGCCUUGUUCUACCUUGGUCUUUUCCACUUGAGUGGGCCCCCCAAAAUCUUACCAGAUGGACCUUUGAAAAAGCUUGCCACCCGUUUCUUCUGGGUCCUCCACUGGUUAGAAAAAGGAUACAUGACUCUAGAGUAGCUGGCUUUAACCCUGCAUUGCAGUUAAUCUUGACCAGAACGGACAAAACCUUGAACAAAAAACUUGGCCAAAACAAGUAACUUCUUAAGCAGUCAAAACCAUGGAGACUCUCGAGUCUGUACUAGUAGCCCAAGGGAGAAUGGGAAAAUGUCUCCUUUCUAAAUCUGAUCUAAACUGUCACUACCUUGGGGAACUGCUUAAAUUGUUGGAUCUAUUCCCAUUGUCUACACAUACUUUGUUCAGCAUGAAUUUAAUCCGUAUUCCAGUCGGGCUGUUCAUCUAGAACCAGUCUAAUCUGUGUUCCCCAUGUUUUGGAAUUAGCUUCCCCAUCCUAAAAAGCUCCACAGCCUUAUUAUGGAUCUAUGACAGGAUAGUCUUGGAGGAGAGGCCCUGUACUGUGUGUACCAUAAUGAUACUUUUAGUGAUAACUUUUGUUACAGAGAAAGCAACUUUGUAGCUGGAUUAUAGAUUAUUCCAGUAAAACCGCUAGAUACUUUGAUUAGAAACUGCAUUGUUCUAAAUUCCACCUCUCAUACAUCAACCAGGGGUAAUACCUACAUAGGAUACACAAAAACAUGCAGAAAUGCCACUGUCUUUACUUACUUGACGCCACAUAAGCAAAGGCUGUCCUGUUUUAGUGGUGAGUGAACUUAGAAUGUCCUCCCCUGGAAAUGGAAAAGUACUUGUGCCAUGACAUAGGUGGCAGGGAGUUAUCAAGCUUGACUCCACAGACAAGAUGAAUGGUCUAAAGGAAGCGUCUUUCUGAGAACUAAGAAUGUCUUGCUGGACAUUGACCACAUGCUGGCCUUCACUUGAUGAGAAUCAUGGAACUUAGAGUACACGAGAAAACUUAGACUAUCUGUUGAAAACAUCUCAGAGGCCACUGAACAAUUUUUAAAUUCCGCCUAAGGUCCUAGAUAAUCCGUUGCUUGUGUAGC